GUCUGCUUGGUUGCUAUAGACUCAUUCUUUACUGGGUUCCUGCUACUCCAUAUCGUUUUUAAGUGCUCUUGUUGAACAGGAGGAUGUUCAAGGCACCGAGGAUACAGCCGUCUCCUCCCAAGGGAAUGAUUAGGAGUCCAAGAUUUCCAAAGCCUUUGGAAUUGAACUCGAUAUCAGCCCAAAAUCUCAUGAGGGUCAGAGUAAACCGUGUUGCCAUCCUCCAAGAGCUACGAGUCGAGCAUGUCUUAGAGUACCUCAAGGAGAGCGGAACUAUCACACCAAAAGAAGAGAAAAUCAUUCUGCAGGGAUCAUCGCCACAGGAAAAAACAAUGAGACUCAUUGACCUUCUUCCAUUGAAAGGAAAAAGAUGUGACUGGUAUAAACAUUUCCGGGCAUCCCUGCGACAUGCUGAUGCAGAUGAUGACACAAAGGAUAGGUACCUCACCCUGAUUGGCUUCUUGGACAACACGAUCAUUCGCAAACCUAUGAAACCGGAGAAGUCUGGUGCAUCCAGUAUGACGAUGGGGAGCUCGUCAAUUGCAGUUAUCACCCCUGUUAGUGAGGCAGAUGUCAAAGUGGAUGACAUGAAGUACCCGAAAUAUGAACCAUUGCCAAACAUUGAUAAGGAUGAAGCAAGAAAGGAGGGAGAAGAUGCAACAGACAAUGCGAUGAGGCCUGAAAAGGGAGAACGAGAAUCACCAGAGAGGACCAACAAGGAUGUCGCUCCAAUGAAGUUUGUCUUUGGCUAUGUUCACCAGUGGGUUCCCAGCAUGCCUGACUUCUGCUCACAUCUGCAUGAACCUACAGAACUGUUUGAGAAAUUAGAACAAUCAACCGAUCCUCAUGACAGACAGCAGUUAAACAAUGAAAAGGAUGUGUUUGAAAAAAUGAAGGAAUUAGAGUUGACGUAUUACAUGAAUAAACAGGGACUCUUGCCAAAAGGAUUUGUGUUGUGUAUGGCGUCUGCUGUGCAGGAUGUCUUGGAUGACCUUGAGAACUACCACAUGUACAUGAAGUACUUCAUGGCUUUGAAGUUUGAGCAAAACAAGAAUGUCCUGAAGGAACUUUGCGGGUCUUUCGUUGCGCUGACUUUGUCAGCGGGGGCUGCUGAAAACGCUCAUCACAUUGACUUUUUCCGUAAGAUUGGAUUUAGCUUGUUUGCCUUGACAGAAGAAUUUGGUGAAUUUCUUGUGGCGGAAAGCUUGUUGAGCUCCUUGAUAUUGUACCUAUCUGCUAAUCCCAGUAUCGACACUUGGAGGUCAGCGUAUGAAGCAAAUAUCAAACUGAUGAGCAUACGCAGCAUGAACUAUGAGUACCAGUUGGCUGAUUUUGCAUACCAUGCGGCAAUGAAAUACCACCAUGCAAUAUCGAUGAUGUCGUUUGGACAGAAUAUCCUUGAUGAAUCUGAGAGGGAUGUGGCGUUGAGUGGUAUGAUGUUGGAGCAGGGCAACCACAGCUCGGCCUACAGUUGGGCCCAGACAGCAUUGCAGAAUGUUGAUAAGUCCAAAUAUGCCAACAUCAUAAAGAUCAUUUGCACAGCAGCAAGGGCGUACAUGGCCAAGUUCAAUGUUAAAAGGGCCAAGCAGUUGUCGGUUGCAGCUGUACAGCAAGCAAGGGAGUUAUUCGGCCCCAAUCACCCGAUGUACCUUGUCGCUUUACUGAUAUACAUGGAGUAUUCAAAUGAAUACAUUCAGGACCAGGAAGGCGUCAAUGUUGCUAUGAAACUCUUGGAUUAUGCUGAAACUAUCUAUGGUUGUGAUACAAUACUGCUCGCGAUGGCCCACCUUGCCCUGUCCAAGGCCCUUAUGGCCGCCAACAACCUCAGUGAUGAUCUCUACCUGGCACAUGCUCACAAAGCUCAGAGAACCGCCAUGAAUUGUGUACCCUGUCUGCAUCCAAUUCUGUCCAUCUUCAGUGAAAAUAUUGCUCGAUGCCUGUUGAUCAAGUCACAGAGCUGUGGCGAGGAUCACAAAGAGGGCGUCCUGAUCUUUGCCGAGUCUGAGGCGAUGAUUGCCCUGAAGACGUUCCGCCACCAUUACGGAGACAUCAGCUGGAGGACGGGACAGACGAUGCAGCUGUAUGCGGAGGUUCUUACAAAGAUGGAAAAGUUAGAAGACGCAGAGGACUUCUACCAACAGGUGGUCGAGAUCUACAAGUUGUGUCUUACCCAUAACAGUCAUUUUACUCUUCUUGCCAAAGCCAAGCUAGGCCAGUUCUACAAGCAGACAGAGCGGCCAGUGAAAGCUGUCGAAUUGCUCAAACAGGUUAUCAGCAAAGUUGAUACUGGUGGCGUGUAUAUCAAGUGGGUUGACAGCACCUACGACAGCCUCGUUGAGCUGCUGAAGGAGACUAACAACAUUGAGGAGUCACAACAGAUGGAGAAAGACCAGUACAACUGGAUCAUCCAGAAUCAGCAAGAGGAUUCAUUGAAGUGGGACGUACUGAAUCAGCAGCCCAAGCCAUUCGCUGAAUUCAGGGAUGAGUUUAAGGUCUGGCAGAAAAAAUUGGCAAAACUUGACUUGUCGAAGUUGAGCAAAUUGAAGUAAACAUAACUAUGGAUUUCAGUCAAAUAUCAAAUGGGAGAAAAAUGCUUCCUUGAUUAAGGAAUAAGUUCAGUGCCUGGCAAAAUGAAUUGGCCAAAGUGGAUUAGGACUUGGAAAUGUUUAGACAUUGAAAAUUAGGGCAAAAAUGAAGUGGAGGGUGGUAAAUGCAGCCGCAAUCAGAUUGCCCAGAAAAACAGCUUUGUGAGACUAAUUUAAUUAUGUGUCGUACGUAGGAAUAUCCUUUUUUGAAAGUGAGUAACUACAUGUAUAUAGCUGAAGCCCUCUCAGGUGGUAUUCUGUGCAAUGCAAAGAAUUGUAGUAAGGUUUGACAUAUAACACACCUUUUAUCAUUAUGUGUAUCUAGAACGACUUUCCACUGUGGAGGGUGAAACUUUUUUCUGUGAUAUCUUCGAAAAACUACUGUCCUUGAUUUUAUAGUGUUCUGACAUAAUUAUUCUUUAUAUUAUAUCAACAAGAUCUGUAAAUAGCAAUUUUAUGGAAUAAACUAUUUAUACAUUUUGUGGA